AUGGUAUUUUUCAAUCUAGAAAAAGCCUUCGCUAGAAUCCCAAGAAAACUUACCUGGUGGGAGCUACGCUACAAAAAGGUUCCCGUAAAAUAUAUAAAAAUAAUACAGGAUAUGUAUAUGGGCCAUACAAAAAUGGUCGGUAGCACAACAGGUACUAGCAGGCUUCACAAUAGCCAAGGGAUUUAUCAAGGGUCGGCUCUCAGCCCACUUCUCUUCAUUACCAUAAUAGAUGUACAAACAGUGCUUGGAAUAUAUUUGCAGAUGAUUUUGUGGAAGGAUGAAAUGAAAGAAAGAUUAGUGAGUUGGAUAAAUAUCCUAAAAAAGCAGGGACUAAAAGUAAAUAGAUCAAAGACGGAGUAUAUGGUGAUAGGAGGAGAUGAAACAGAGAACAUUGAUACAAAUGAAUGGCAGAUAUUGGCAAUUGAAAACUGCAAAUAUUUGGGUUCCUUUAUACAAACAAAAGAGAUAAAGAGUAAAAUUAAUCAAGGGUGGUUAAAGUGGAGAUCUUUAUCUGCUCUUUGA